CGUUUACAGUCUUCCGCCGCUGUCAAGGGCAUCGAAAACUAACAUUAGCCAGACCUAGCAGUGGCUGUCCGCACGUGCACUUAAAGAAGAUCUAUUAAGCUACAGUUUUCAGUAGAAAUGGACGGGUACGGCUCAGACUUCUCAGCGGGUGGACCAGGUGGUAAAAUAGACCCCAGCACGAUCAUGGAGCAGGUCAAGGUCCAGAUCGCGGUGGCUAACGCACAGGAGCUGCUGCAGAGAAUGACAGACAAAUGCUUCAAGAAGUGCAUAGGCAAACCUGGAAGCACGCUGGACAACUCUGAGCAGAAAUGUAUUGCCAUGUGUAUGGACCGGUAUAUGGAUGCCUGGAACACUGUGUCCCGAACAUACAACUCCAGAUUACAGAGGGAAAGAGCCCGCAUGUGAACACCCCUUUCUUCACCCUUCCCUUCCUCGGGCUGCUACUGAGGAGGAGCACAGUGUGCCACUUGAGGAGGCCAGGAACUGUGCACAGGUGUAUCAUGGCGGCAGCACACCAUCAACUUCUGUCAUAAUACCUCACAGACAGGCAAGCAGAGCCUGUGGACUGUAGCCAUAACAAUGUCUCUGUGGACAUUUCCAUUUUACUCUGAACAGUUCAGUAACAAAGUUUGAUAUUUUUUUGUGUGAGUGUGUUUUUAUGUUAUAAAUAAUGAAUCUUCUGGUUAACAAGCAAACAUGCAUUGAAGAAAAGCUGCAAUUUGGACUACAUUUCCUAUUGGAGAGAACACAAGUGUGGAUGUGUUUGUAAGUAUGUGCUUGCCCUGUGAUUGACUGGCAUCCAGGGUGAUCCUCGUGUCUGCAUUGCAUCCCAGGAUAUGUUUAAGCUUAAAUUAGUCAACUGCACCACUUUUGCUUUUGUUUUUUUGGGUAAUUAUAACAGUAUGUGUUCACUACAGUGUGGCUUCAGUAGAACACUGACACCUCCCCGCCAUCAAACUAAGGUUGAAUUCUUCCUCGUGUUCAAGAGUCUGUAUAAUUAGGACACAUGAUACCGAUAACUAUAAACCGGUCUUAAGUCUCUCACUUACUACAUUGCUUCUUAAAACGCAGUCAGCAAUGUGCCCACAUCGUGUUUAUGCUCAGAGAAUAAAAUAAUUAUGCUUAGAAAAUGAGCAGCACCACCGGAGCCCUUAAGGGACAACACAGGUUUUCCAUAACAUGCUUUUACCCUAAAUAAAGAGACCUACUUAAAAUCACAGGGAAGACUUGAGGAGUGACUUGGUGUUUUCACAACUGUGAACCUGACAUUCACAAGCCUCCGAACACUCCUAUAUCAAAGUACGCCUGGAGAACAAAACUGUUUUGUCUGACCUAUUUUCUAGUUGUCACUCUAUCUGCCGCCCUCCACAGUAGUAGGCUUGUUUCAGCAGGGUCUGCCGGGGUACAGAACCUCUCUCAGCUUGUGUGCGCGGUUUGUCCAAUGUCUGGGAACCAUAAUCUUUUUUUUUUCCCUAUCCUGGUGAGGUUAUGUAGGGAUGCAAGAGCCAGAAAAGCCUACGAACAUGAUUUGCUGAGUGAUUGUGAGCAAAUGAUUUUUAUGGAAGGAAAAAAAAAAAAAAAACAAUAAAUCUUGUCAGAGUCUUGUGUUUCUCAUAAUAAAAGUGUAUAUCCAUCAGUGAAACCCCA